UUACCACGUCACAUCCGGUUUCUCUUCAACUGUCGGACUGCUGCAGCUGGAGUUCUCAGCUUUAACCUGCUGCAGAGAGAUAAAGUAGAAGAAACACGCACCUUUAACUCUCGGGGACAGUCGCAUAACUUGUGUAGCUUUAACAACAGUUGUGUACCAGCGAUAAUUAAAAGAUGUUUUCUCUGUCAAUGACUGUCCAGCCUCAGGUGACUGUACCUCUCAGCCACCUCAUCAAUGUCCUCCACUCUAUGAAGAGCUCAGUGGGAAGCAGCAGCAGCAGUACCACCUGCAAGUCAAGAAAACACAAGCAACAUGCCUCGGACUCAGAACAACACCGCACAGAGCCCAUGUGGAACCUGCGUGAGCUUGGCCUAUCAGACCUGGGAGCACGGCAGCUGGAUGAGCUGGUGAACAGCGUGUUGCCACGCUUGAGUCCACAGGAGGCGCCACGUCCAUUGGCCGGACAGACAGCCUGGAGGACCUCGCAUCUUUCUACACACUCCUUUUACUACAAUAAGCAUGGAUUCUCAGGUGGUGCGAUGCCCAUGGCUUAUUCCAGGCAGCACCCUUCACCUCUUCAGUCUGUCUGCACAGAGCUACAACACUGGCCAGUGUGGGUUCCGAGCAGAGGGUUUAAAACUUUAAAGAGCAAAACCAGACGACAGCAGUCCGCCUCUGACCGCCCCCUGGAGUCUGAAGGGUUCACACCAUCUUUUAUGAAGGGUUUCCUGACACGUGACAAGGUGGUUGAAGUUGAAAGUCUAGACAAGCUGGUGAAGAACAAGAACAUCCCAGAUGGACAUCAGGAUGCUUUCAAGAGGGGCUUUGCUGAGGGUUUCCUGAAAGCCCAAGCCUUGACACAACGCACACAAGACUCUCUCAGGAGGACUCGUCUGAUCCUGCUGGUGUUGCUCCUUGUUGGACUCUAUGGCAUCUCCAAGACCCCCUUCAUAUCGGUACGGUUCCGGACCACAUCAGGCCUGGACUCUGCUGUGGACCCUGUGCAGAUGAAAAACGUGACGUUCGAGCACGUCAAAGGGGUGGAAGAAGCAAAGAACGAGCUGCAGGAAGUGGUGGAGUUCCUGAAAAACCCUGAGAAGUUCACAGUCUUGGGAGGAAAGCUGCCAAAAGGUGUUCUACUGGUUGGCCCUCCCGGGACUGGAAAGACUCUACUGGCCAGAGCGGUGGCAGGAGAGGCAGAUGUGCCGUUCUACUACGCCUCCGGGUCCGAGUUUGACGAGAUGUUCGUUGGAGUGGGAGCCAGCCGCAUCAGGAACCUUUUCAGGGAGGCUAAAGCCAACGCUCCCUGUGUGAUCUUCAUCGAUGAACUGGACAGUGUGGGUGGGAAAAGGAUCGAGUCUCCCAUGCACCCUUACUCCAGACAGACUAUCAACCAGCUACUUGCAGAGAUGGAUGGGUUUAAACCAAACGAAGGCGUGAUCGUCAUUGGAGCAACCAACUUCCCAGAGGCUCUGGAUAAUGCCCUGAUCCGCCCGGGGCGUUUUGACAUGCAGGUGACUGUCCCCAAACCAGACGUGAAAGGACGCACGGAGAUCAUCAACUGGUACCUGAAGAAGAUUAAAGUGGAUCCAGCUAUUGAGGCCAAUAUAAUUGCCCGGGGCACAGUGGGCUUCUCUGGCGCUGACCUGGAAAAUCUGGUCAACCAGGCCGCCCUGAAGGCAGCAGUCGAUGGCAAAGACAUGGUCACCAUGAAGGAGCUGGAGUUUGCUAAAGACAAAAUCCUCAUGGGCCCUGAGAGAAGGAGUGCGGAAAUAGACAAGAAGAACAAGCAGAUCACAGCGUACCAUGAAUCAGGCCAUGCAAUCGUGGCUUACUACACCAAAGAUGCCAUGCCCAUUAACAAGGCUACCAUCAUGCCCAGAGGCCCCAGUCUGGGACAUGUGUCCAUGCUCCCGGAUGACGAUCGCUGGAGCGAGACUCGCGCUCAGCUACUGGCCCAGAUGGACGUCAGUAUGGGCGGCCGUGUAGCAGAGGAGAUUAUAUUUGGCAACGAGUACAUCACAACCGGUGCAUCAAGCGACUUUGACGGUGCCACAAAGAUCGCUAAGCUGAUGGUGACCAGAUUUGGAAUGUGUGAAAAGUUGGGUGUGAUGACCUAUACUGACAUGACAGCCCAGAGCCCAGAGACGCAAGCAGCUGUGGAGCAUGAAAUCAGGGUGUUACUGAAGGAGUCUUAUGAGCGUGCCAAAGCCCUGCUGAAGUCUCACACCAAAGAGCACAAAAACCUGGCGGAUGCUCUGCUCAUGUACGAGACGCUGGACGCCAAAGAGAUUCGGCUGGUCCUGGAGGGCAAGGCCCUGGAGGCCAGAUGAAACCGGCAAGGACCGCAACAAUCGGGGGUAGCAACGUGGGGGGGGGGGGUCGGAUUUUAAGAGCUCAGGGGUCACGGAAGGAGAGAUGGAAUCAGUUCACGAGCAGUGAAUCAGAGGAGUCAUGGCCUGCAUUCACAAAGUCUCUUGACUUAUGUGGGACUAUUUCAUAUCUUCACGCUGUCUCCCUUCGUGUAGUCUCAUCAAUAUUCCCAGAUGGGUGGUUCUGUGACUUUCCUGUGUUCAGAGGUGAGCAGAUGUAUGCUGCUAAGGUUCUCUGUAUGUGAUGAAGGUUAAAGCCUAAUGUUGUUGGGGAGGAUGUUGCUCAGGUCACUUUAUCAGUUGCUGGGAGGAAAUAAUACAUGAAUGUAAUCAUGCACCUCAAUCGUGAAAAACAGCAUCCGGGUAGGAUACCCUUUUUUUUUUUUAAGUUAAUUGUUGAAAAAGGAGUUGAAAUUUGGUAAAAUUCUGUUCACCCGGGUCUGUUUAGAUUCCUUUUCUGUCAAUCAUUGCAACGAGACUUUAACUUAAUCUCAACUCCUAUCUGUCAGUCGUCUUCCAGUGUGUGUGUGUGUUAGUAUCUGUUAUUUGUCUAGUAUAUCUUCAAGGUCAGGCUACACUCUCCACUUCUAGCUUGCGCGUCUCUCAAUCUGGCACCAAGAAGUGUCCCAAUGGGAAGCUGCACUUUGUCUUUCCAUCUGAUUCUUUGUAUCUGGGAUGAUUGGUGGAUCAUGUAUAUUUACAUUCUCCUGUCCCCCUCUGCUUAUGUCCCUGUUAAUUAUUUUUAAAGGUGGCCUUUUGGGGAAUGUACUGUAUUAAGUGUAUAAAGUUAAACUAUAACGUCAGCACUUUAGGUAAGUGUAUAACUUGAAAAUGCACUCUUCGUGUAAUUUAUUUUCAUUUAUGCUGCGUGUACAGAUGGAACAGUUACUGCUGCUCAACCUCAAAAAAGCAUGCGACAAAAACAAGCUGUUUUUAUCUUUAGGAUAUGAAACUUGUAUUGCGGCCUAAUUUAUUUAAAUAGUCUGAAUUUGGCUUCCGAUAAGCCUCCGCAAAUAUCAGUUUUUCUUGGAAAUGAGUUGAUUAAAGACUUUUAAUCUUUAGAUUAUUCAGACGAACAACAAGGCCAUUUAUCAGUUAUUGUCCAUUGGCUACUUCAUAGCAGAGAUAUCUAACAUUUAGUGCUCUAUACAUUUCUGUUUCAACACAUUUUGUGCAGUGGAAGAAAGAUGCCAAUGUUCAGUUUACUGUCUCUGUGUAUACAGGAAGUUAAGCUGUUAACAUCUCUAAUUGUAAAGUGACACACUUGACUCAGAUUGUGGGUAGAAACAUGCAGUUAUGCCUCUCUGUGAAGUUGAAUGUCCCAAUUUUCUAGUGAAUAGUUACAGCAGCAGCAGUAUUUGUAAUCCAUAUUUUAGCAUUUUUGAACAUUUAAUUAAAAGUAUAGCGCUUGUCAAGAUUACCACCAGCAUAUGUACUCCAUGGUGUUACCCUUUUCAGUUUUUUUUGCUUAAUUUUGAGCCCUUAUUUCUUCAGUUUAUUGGCCUUUUAUCCAUGUGUAGCUGUAUAUAUGAUUGGGAUGUCAUGGGAACAUUGUAUAUAGAUGUAUAGAAACGCUUUUAAGCUGAGAACACAUUGAAUGGCUCUCUGCUGUUGAUUGACAAAAUCUCUCAGCAAUGUGAUGGCAAUGGUUGAUGAAUGUUUGUGCUGCUGAAAUAAAUAAAAUGAAGCCCAAAUAAAA